GAGAGAGAGAGAGAGAGAGAGAGAGAGAGAGAGAGAGAGAGAGAGAGGCGGUCGCCUUGCCUCUUCCUCCUCCUCGGCUUUCUUCGGGCUUUAGCCGGAAUCGCGCGCGCGAGGAGGAGGAGGAGGCGGCGGCGAGCGCGAGCCCCCGAGCGGAGGGAUGUGGGGCUUUGGGGGAGGCAGGCUCUUCGGCAUCUUCUCCGCUCCCGUCCUGGUGGCCGUGGUCUGUUGCGCCCAAAGCGUGAACGAUCCCGGGAACAUGUCCUUCGUGAAAGAAACUGUGGAUAAAUUGUUGAAAGGCUACGACAUUCGCCUCAGACCCGAUUUCGGAGGCCCCCCAGUCAAUGUGGGGAUGAACAUUGACAUUGCCAGUAUAGACAUGGUGUCUGAAGUCAACAUGGACUACACUUUAACUAUGUAUUUUCAACAAUACUGGAGAGAUAAAAGACUAGCCUACGCUGGGAUUCCUCUCAAUCUUACACUUGAUAACAGAGUAGCAGAUCAACUUUGGGUGCCUGAUACUUACUUUCUAAAUGACAAGAAGUCUUUUGUACAUGGUGUUACAGUUAAGAAUCGAAUGAUUCGCCUUCAUCCAGAUGGCACAGUAUUAUACGGCCUCAGGAUCACAACUACUGCAGCUUGCAUGAUGGAUUUGAGAAGAUAUCCACUAGAUGAACAGAACUGUACACUAGAAAUAGAAAGUUAUGGAUAUACAACAGAUGACAUAGAAUUUUACUGGAGAGGUGGGGAUAAUGCUGUAACUGGGGUGGAGAGAAUUGAACUUCCUCAGUUUUCUAUUGUGGAGUACAAACUGGUAUCCAGGAAUGUUGUAUUUGCCACCGGUGCCUAUCCAAGACUGUCACUGAGUUUUAAGUUGAAGAGGAAUAUUGGAUAUUUUAUACUCCAGACUUACAUGCCAUCAAUACUGAUUACUAUUUUAUCAUGGGUGUCAUUCUGGAUCAAUUAUGAUGCGUCAGCUGCAAGAGUUGCUCUUGGUAUUACAACUGUUCUUACUAUGACAACGAUCAACACUCAUCUACGAGAGACUUUGCCUAAGAUUCCCUAUGUCAAAGCCAUUGACAUGUAUCUUAUGGGCUGCUUUGUAUUUGUCUUCUUGGCCUUACUUGAAUAUGCCUUUGUUAACUACAUAUUCUUUGGAAAAGGCCCUCAAAGGCAGAAGAGACUUGCUGAAAAGACAGCCAAAGCAAACAACGAUCGCUCUAAAUUUGAAAGCAACCGGGUGGACAUGCAUGGGAACAUUUUGCUGACAUCCCUGGAGAUUCACAAUGAAGUUGCAAGCAAUGAGGUCACUACAAGUGUCAGUGAUCCUCAGAAUUCAACAAUAUCCUUUGACAACUCAGGGAUCCAGUACAGAAAACAUAGUUCACAUCGAGAAAAUCUUGGAAGGCGUACUUUGGACAGAACUGGCACCCAUACCAAGAAGAGUCAUUUACGAAGAAGGUCAUCACAGCUAAAGAUAAAAAUUCCUGAUCUAACGGAUGUGAAUGCCAUAGACAGAUGGUCAAGAAUGGUGUUCCCAUUCACAUUUUCUCUUUUCAACUUAAUCUACUGGCUAUACUAUGUCAACUAAAUUGACUUCUACUUUUUUUAACAAAAGACUUCAACAAGCAAAAUACUUCUCUGCCUGUUACUUUUUAUGUGUACAUAAGAACUUUUGCACUAUAUAUAUAUAUAUAUAAUAUACGUAUAUAUAUUUAAAAUCCUGUUUAUGUGUGUACAUAUAUUGUGAAAAAAUGUGUAUUAUACCCAUUGUGCAUACACAUAUACACAUAUACAUAUAUAUAUAUACAUUUUCUUUCUGUCUGUUUCCUGCUCCUUCUCUGAAUGAUAAUGGACAAUUUAAUAUACAAUGCACAUUAAUGAACUUUUUUAAAAUGGAGAGGCAAGUACUCUCAAUAUAUUAGAUUUUAAGAAAGCUAAUUGUUGUAUAAGACCACCCAAACAGUUGUCAGAUCUCUAUUCCAUAAUGUUAGAAUUCUGUGAUAUUGUUUGCAAAUACUUAUUAUUUUCACUGCUCAUUAACUGAUAAAUUGCACUGGUAAGUUUUUUUAAAAAAAGAAAUUUAUAUUUAAUGUCGGGUUUACAAUCACUGGGCCAUAUUAAUCAUGGUUUUUGUUUUAUAUGUUAUCAUAGAUAAUGUUAUCUUCCUUAAAUUGACAUUGUUUUUCAUUAAUCAUGUUUCUUCUGUUGAAGUAACUUAAAUAUUGUUCAAGAAAUAGGUUUGUCUAGUAUUCAUAGGACUUUAAUACAACCCUCUUAAAGAUCUAUUUAAUAAGCAAAGGGGUGGUUUAUUAUAAGCACUCCACACUUCAGUGCACAAUAUAUUUUAUAAUUUGAGCUUUUCCCAGAUAUUUUUCUGUAUUGAUGAGUGGAAACAUCCAGCUACUUAAUGCUACAAUAAUACAGUUUGAAAUUUAGCUGCUGAUGAUAUUCUCAGAAUUUUCUUAUCAGAAAUUAGGAGUUAUUUAAUGUUAUCUUAAUAUCUAUCAAUCAAUUUAUUGGAUUGAGUUAGUCUAAUGACCAUUUCAAAUAGCUACUAAUGAUAAAACAAUAUAAUUAUAAAUUCCACAAUAUAGUGACAAUGAAAACAUUGCCUUGCCACCUUAUGUUAAGGUGACACUGAGCCAAAUUAAAAAUAUGCCAUCCAAUACUUCUUCUUCCCAUCUCUUUUCCUCUUCAUUUGGCAGCCUUGGAUAUUUUAAUAGCAACAACAAUACUAACAAUCUGAGUAAUGAAUCUUGCUUUACAUCAAUUUGUUGCUUUGGAGAUGCAAUUUUUGAGGGGCUUGGUCAUUUUUGGCCAUUUAUAACCAUUUUAAUUGUUGGGGCUUUUUAAAACACUUAAAGGUAACAUGUUACUAAUGAAUUGCUAACAUUUAAUGUGAUGAAAUAUUUUAAUAAUUUUCACUAUUAAAAGAAAGAAAAAUGGGCUAAAUAGGUUAGGAACAAGGAAUAUGUAUUUCUCUUAGCAUCCAAUUUGACCUACAGUUUCUCACUGUUAUAGAGCUUUCCAAGUAACAAGAAUUCCCAGCAAAAUACAGUCUGCUGAUCUUAAAUGUUUCUUUAAGGAUUGCCAUUACGUUGAGCAUCUAAAAGAUAUCUCAGGUUAGUUAUUUUAACAAAGGACAGUCACACUAGCUCUGUUUUUAUGCGUUUAUUUGUUUUUGUUUUUGUUUAAAAAAUGCAUCCUCAUCACCAAGCUUUCUUAUAACAUGAUUGACAUAAUAUAUAUUUGCAUUAUAUGCAUAUAUAUUAAUAUUUUAUCCAAAUUUUAUUUCUAGCGCUUGCUAUUGUGACUGCAUGCUAUAUCAUACUUUUGUUUCUGUGAUGUUACAGUUUUUCUUCUCUAGCACUAAGCCACUAGACUGCUUCUAAUGUAUAAAAUCAGUAACAGAACAUUUUCAUGUCUAUUUUGUACAUAUAUUAUAUACACUAAAUUGCUAGUAGAGUUGAUAUGCUACAUUCACAAACCAUCAACAAUACAACACAAUGUCUUGCUUGAGCAUUAAAUGCAUUCAGUCAUUUUCCUUUGCAAACUGUUGCCACCUUUGUUUUCAUUCUGGUUCACAUCUUCAUAGGUUCUAAACUUUUCCUAAAUGGAAGACUGGAGUAAUAAUUAGAAUGCACACAUUUCAGUGCAAAUAACAUAACAUUGAACAAAAUGUUUUGAACAAAAUAUUUCUACAAGUUUUCAUAUCUCAAAAUAACCCAUGGAUAGAAUGUAUUGCAAUAGACAGGUAAUAAAAAUAAUGCUACAUCUUUUAAUAAAAUAAAACUCUGGGACAAGUGAAGGGGGUUCAUUCAGGGCAUUUAACACAUGAAAGCCCUGCACUUAGUCUACACUAUAUUCAAACACUCACAUAAAACCAUAAUGUCUAUUUUGACCUUUAAAGGCUUGAAUUACAAAAGACAUUAAUAGAAAAUUGAAUGGACAGGAAUUAGAAAAGGUGAAACUAUUUCUGUGGUUCACCUUGAACACCAUCAUGAUAGUGUGGACAUAUGGGUUUAUCAGUUUUGUAUAGCCCUAAAUGUUUGGAGUAAAAGAAUCAGCCUGAUAUAUGUUGAAAGAACCACUUCUGUUGUUACAUGAAUGCCUUUUGUAGGUCACUCCCACAUAUAAUAAUAUACUGUAGGAAGUGAUGGAAAUCCAGUCUCAAGCCCGAAAUUACUCAUAAGAGAUUUAUACCAACGCUGAAUUAAAACUGAACCAGCCUAUUUUAAUCUUACUCAAGUUGAUGUUUUUGGGUGGGAGAGGUCUGAUAUUUUAUUUAGUAUGCCAAAUGAUUUGGAAGAAGAAUGUUUUACCUUGUCUGAAACAACAGGUCUGAUGUGAAAUCUGAAACUCACAGAAUUUGGUUCAGCUGUGACUGAUACUCAUCUGCUUCUGCAAGCAACAUAGGUAUGUUGAGAAUUUGGAAUUAGCGUGUCACCAUGGCUUUCCCAGAAGAAUGUGUUUAAAUUGAAGCUAUGCUAAAAAUUCCUUUUAGCAGUCUGGUUCAUUUUGCUGCCUUACCAAAACUUCCACGGAAAUAUUUCUCUAAAGUAACAAAAUAUUGGUAUAAAUAUCAAUAAAAAAUUGAGUACAACCCUUGUAUGAAAAUCAUUCCUUUAGAAUGUCAAGAUUGUAAUGAAAUGUUUAAAAGAUAUGAUAAUACAGAGUUAUCGCUAAAUAAAAUGUGAAAAAGUGUAUAUAUAUAUAUAUAUAUAUAUAUAUAUAUAUGCAAAGGAUUGUCAGCAACCCGCAAAUUACAUUGGGAUUUAGGCAGUGUGACUCUCAAACUCAUCCCAAUGAAAUGCCCGUAUAUAAUGUGUUAUUUCAAUCCUAACUGCAUUACAUUGUAACAAAUCCUAUAAAGCUUAACUUUCUGUAGGGAUAGCUAAAAGUAAAACCUUACUGUCACUGAAACUGGUAGGAUCAAGAAGAUUUAAAUAUAAGGGCAACAGCUUAGGUGGAUGGAGGUGUUCUGCCAGAAUCGGUCUACUGAACAGAUGAAACUGAAUCCAAAGCCGUAAACAGAGCCAGAAAAAAUAGAGGGAUUUCUAGGAAAGCGCAAAGAGCCUUUUUGUAGGUUUAGUCAAAUUUUCCUUUGGGGAUUUGCACAUCCCGGACUUCUCCCUAUAUCACUGAAGAAAAUUUAACCAUUUUAAAAAUAUAACAUCUGACAUAGAAAUGAAAAUUGAAGUCACAUAGUUUGUAGCCAACAAUUGUGUGGUACAUACAUAAAAUAAUACUGCUUUUAUGCUUCUGGGCAUAAAAACAAGAAACAUUAAAUAUAAUUCAAUGUAUGUCAGAUUACUAUGGGCAUAUACAGUUUGAAUCUCUGUAUUUUGUCAUACUAUUAAUAUUUAGGGUUGGCCAAUGAGUGAAAAUGUUCUUGUCCCCUUGUGGAUUGUGCAGAAAAGGAAAUUUUGACAAGUGUCAAAUUCAGGCAGUCCCUGACUUACAAACAUCUGACUUACAAAUGACUCAUAGUUAUGGACAGGAGUGAGACAACAGGAAAUUUUCCCACCCCUAGGAAGGAAAAAUAAAUUCCUGAAAGAGUUAUCAUGGGGAAAAGGCAUCUCAACAAAAGGUCUAUCACCAAUCCUUGUUUCCACAAACCAAAUUCUUCAAAACCCCAUUAUCCCAUUUCCCCAUGAUCACACUUUCAGGACUGAAUUUUCCUUCUGAGGGUAGAUUUCUCUCACUUCCUGAUGUCUCAUCCCCAUUCUUAACUAGGAAUCAUUUGUAAGUUAGAUGUUUGUAACUUGGGGACUGCCUGUAGUUUGGUUCUAAAGCCAUUAAUACACCUGAGAAUAUUUUUUUCAAAAUAGUACAUCAUACCAUCCACCUCCAUCCACAUUAUUUUGGGAACUAGAUUUUUUUAUUUCAAAUGUAAAAAUCUAUUUGUGAAGUACAUUAGUUCUCCUCCAAUUUGAUGUUCACAGCAACCUCACGGGGAAGCUUAAUCAGAGUGAACCUGACCGCCUAUUUGAGCAGACAUUUCAACAAGAGUGUCUUGCCUCAGCAUUGAGUUAGUUAAACCUAAGUUCAUUCUUAGUGAAAUAUUCAGGCCAUAACUGGUUGAAUCAUACUUCUUUUUUCUAAAGAAAGAGGUAUGACUCUUAAAUUACAGAGUCUGAUCAUCUGAUAAACCAUUGUCCUCACUGCUGAAGAAAUUUGGGAUUGCUCUCUAAAGUACCUUUGUCCUAUAUAUAACUUCACCAUGGGCCUCAUCACACGGGACUAAAACAGCCCCAUUUUGCCACUUUUGGUUGGGCCUGGACUGAGACUGCUGAACACUAUCAGAUAGCUGGUCCCACCCACAUUCCUCCCAAAGAGGAGGGAAAACACCGGAAGACGCUUCCUUCACCACCACAGAGAGGAAAGUGUGUAUUGGGUAUCUCCAAUGAAGGUACCCGCACUUUCCUCCCCCUUUCCCCGUAUGAUGGGAGAAAGGGCAGCAGGGCAACACGUGUUGCUGUGCAUUGCUGGCCUUUCUCCCAUCUGAUUAGGACAGGGACAGGGACCCUGUCCGUCCCUACUGUAUGAUGGGGGAAGAAAGAAGGGUGUGCGGGGCACCAUAUGCUGACCUCCACACCUUCCUUUUUGCUGACGACUUCCAGUGAAAUGGCACAGCCUGAAAGGGCAGUGUAAAGAGAUCCCAUGACAUUGUCAACUCAUAAAGUAGCUGAUAUUACAAUAUUUAUAAUUCAAACCCCCAGUUCUUGAAACUAUAAUCCAGAAUGAUUUGUAAAUUACACUCUUUAAAUUCCUAAUUCUGUCCAUUCUAAACUUUGUAAAUUAAGCAUGUCUCAGGCUCACCUUGUUGACAAGUUACCCAAAAAUAAGGACCAUGCCAAGGACUUUGCAGUCAAGCUUGUAGUUCUUAGAAGAGCUGUAAAAGAGAUCUUAGUAUGUCCUCUGUAAUUCAUACUUCUUCAAGACUUUGCACUUGCUCUUUAAUGAGGCAUUAAAUGCCAAGCAGUUUCUUGUUUUCAAAUCUAUAAUUCAGGUUAUAAUUUUAAACAGGAAAUGUAGUGGGGGGCAUAGAUAUUGAAUGUCUGGGUUUGCUUGAAAACCGGCUCCAUUAAACAUAAGUAGAAUGGAGGUGGGAUCAAUUGGUACAAUGACACAGAUAAACUUAUUACAUAAAAUUGGAUAGAGUGAUCUCAUAUGCAUUCAUUGCUGCCAACUGAUUGUCUAACAUGCUUUAUUUUGUUUUGUUCCCUUUUGUUUCCCAGAAUGGCACAUACAUUUGGGUUUGCGAUUUUCUUUGCAGCAACGAAAAUGGAACAGCAGAAAAUGAAUAAUGAAGUAACACACUAUUCUUAAGGUCUGAAGUAUGUCCCAGUUGAAAGGUUGGGAGAAAAAUAUGUCAUUCAAUGAAUAUUAGGGGAAAUGUUCUGUUCUUAAUACUCCCUGAUAUUGUAUUGCUGAUUUUUUAAGAUAAGUGAUGAAAUAACAAUAUUUAAUAUUUACACAGUAUUUUUCCUAAGUGCUCAAAAAACAUAUAUAUUUGCUCAACAAUUCAUCUAACAACCAUGUAAUAAAAGCCAGUAUUACAGAUUA